GCCAAUGCUAUUUAAAUGCCCUGCAAAAAAAAACAAAAAACAGCUAAAAGAAUAACACGGUCAUCUCCAUCUUUUUUCUCUGCCCUCUCUCCACAGGAUCCCGGGCCAUCACUCCCGUCCCCUGUUCUGGGACACAAACCUCUGCAGCUGAUCGAGGUGAAAGCCAGGGGGCGCUUUGGAUGUGUGUGGAAGGCUCAGCUGCUGAACGACUAUGUGGCCGUGAAGAUCUUCCCCAUUCAGGACAAGCUGUCUUGGCAGAACGAGUAUGAGAUCUACAGCGUGAGCGGCAUGAAGCACGACAGCAUCCUCCACUUUAUCGGCGUGGAGAAGAGGAGCAACAACCUGGACCUGGAACUGUGGCUCAUCACCGCCUACCACGACAAGGGCUCGCUGACAGACUACCUGAAGGCCAACGUGGUGUCGUGGAACGAGCUCUGCCACAUCACUCAGACAGCAGCCCGUGGCCUGGCCUACCUCCACGAAGACAUCCCGGGACACAAGGAUGGACACAAGCCGUCCAUCGCUCACAGGGACAUUAAGAGUAAGAAUGUGCUGUUGAAGAAUAACCUGACAGCCUGCAUAGCCGACUUUGGUCUUGCCCUGCAGUUUGAAGCAGGAAAAUCUGCAGGAGACACACAUGGACAGGUGGGAACACGGCGCUACAUGGCUCCUGAAGUCCUGGAGGGCGCCAUCAACUUCCAGCGCGACUCCUUCCUGCGUAUCGACAUGUACGCCUUUGGCCUCGUCCUUUGGGAGCUUGCGGCGCGUUGCACCGCCGCUGACGGCCCAGUGGAUGAGUACAUGCUGCCAUUUGAGGAGGAGGUGGGUCAGCAUCCGUCACUGGAGGACAUGCAGGAGGUCGUCGUUCAUAAGAAACUGAGGCCCUGCCUGCGAGACUGCUGGCAGAAACAUGCGGGUCUGGCUAUGCUUUGCGAAACCAUCGAGGACUGCUGGGACCACGAGGCCGAGGCUCGCCUGUCCGCCGGCUGCGUCGAGGAGCGCAUCGGCCAAAUGCAGCGCCAAGCCCCAAUCAUCGGCCCUGAGGAGAUCACUGUUGUCACCAUGGUGACAAAUGUGGACCUCCCACCUAAGGAGUCCAGCUUAUGAUUGGCUGAUCAGCAGACACUGGAUGAGCUAGCAGAAACACGGAUCAACGCGAGGGGAUGAACUGCUGACCCUGGAUGGUUGGCAGAAUGUUUUUUUCUUUCUUUCUUUCUGUUUUUAUCUUUUGGGGGGGGUUGUUCCUUAAAAGUGCGGGCCGCUACUCGCAUUCAGGAAACACCCUGCGCCCACCUCACCACAUCAUAUGAUAUCCACCUCAUUUUGAUAUGUGUGCCUGAGGAUUUUAACAUUUUAGCGAAACGCUUCAGGAUGUUACAACGACGUCACCGAGUGAUAGUGCUGCCACGCUGGGACAAACACUUUAUUCAUGUAUUGUUUUUAUAUACAUACACUCACAUAGGAGGGUGACCUGUUCUGCUCGGUUUUCUACAGAGAGAGAGAAGACCCGCCCGAGAAAUCUCACAGACCUCUCAAUGCAUUUUAGUGUAAAAAAAAAAAAAAAUGCAGGAAAAAAGACGAGCACUUGGCUCUGGAUACAUUUGCUGUUUUGUCGUGUUUUGCCUGUUUUGUUUUUUUUUGUUUUUUUUUUUUUUGAGGAAAUGACUAUCGUUCUGCCAAUAAGCAACGGCUUCUGAAUGUUUAUAGUGUAAUGCUGCUGUACAUAGUGUAUUAUGGACUCAGACAACUUGGUAAUCAAGCUUAUUUUAAAGGGGGAAGGGGGGUCCAUUUUCAAGCAUUACGACGAUAAAAACCAUAAACCUCCUUCAACCAGGUAUACCUCACUUCAGAUGGACACAGUAUAAAUUAGUCCCUCUCCCUGUUCACAGUCAUAGCUCACACUUUCCACAACCUUGGCUCGUGGCAUCCAAACAUUCUGCUGUCACCCGUGUCACCCAUGGGUAAUGUAGUCAGCAAAGCCUCUGUAAAUGGCCAUACACACCGUAAACACGAGUGUUUCUCCCUUUUUCCCCUCCCUUUCUCAGUCUCACGUUUAGUUUGGCUCCACUUUGAUAUUUGACUGAAUAAUAACUUUUCUCCUUGUGGUUCUGUUUUUAGAUUUUCUUCAGGUAGUGUCGGGGGGGGGGGGGGGGGCAUGCCCCCAUGAUGAAGUUGUCAUGUAAAGUGAUUUUUCCCUUUUGGUUUGCCGUGUCAACUGUCAACAGAGUUAUAGUAUCUGUAGCUGACAAGACUCAUUUUGGCCAUGAGAUCUGGAUAUACUGUGUGUGUGUGUGUGUGUGUGUAUAUAUAUAUAUAUAUAUAUAUAUAUAUAUAUAUAUAUAUAUAUAUAUAUCUGGAUUAGCGCUGGGUACCUUUUUAGAUAUUUGGUAUCGGUACCAAAUGAGAAGGUAUUAAAACAUUUCAAGGUUGUCAAACUCUUGGAGCAUAUUCUUCUUGUUCUUAUCAUUUUGUGUGGUCUGGUUCUAUUUAGAAAAAGCAGAUUAACCAAUCAUCCAAUAUGUAGAGGUAUCAGAUUUUAAAGUGCAGUUUUGAGGAGGUUUCCACGGGUACCCAGCCCUACUUUGGAAUUAUACCUGUAUUUAGCUGAGCCAGCAUGCUUUUGAUUUGAUUGCACACAUCUUUAUUGGAUUACUAUCAAGAGUUUCUGCUCUUUUUUGAUACACCUCAGGAAUCUUUGCUACUCACCACCUCCUCACACCCUCCACCUCUUCCUCCUCAUCCUCACCUGUCUCGGACUGAAAUACCUCCUCUCUCGCUGAUUCUUACGCUUCCCCUCUCUCUCUCUCUCUUUCUGGCCUCAUCUCGACUUGGAAGGGUUUAGCUGUGCUGCCAUGCUCAAAAAUGUGAAAAAAGUGUACUCUCUGAGUAGAAAUUGUAAGCUAUAAUCUGUUCUGUCUGUAGAACCUGGUCGACCCUUGCCUGUCCCUAUACAGGUGUUUAUUUAAUCCUAUAGAACCAGUCUAAACCUAGUCAGUUAGUUAGCAGGUUUUGAUAGUCCUUGGUCUGGCCUUGACCCCGAAGGCCAAUUUAUGCUUUUGCGUCAAGUAAAGUCUAGUAAAAUUGGCUUCAAACCGACCCAUUUCUUGGGAAGUUACGUUUUUGGGGAGGUGUUUAUUCAGGCUACACGUAGGCUACAGCGUAGAUUAGUUUGAAUGUGUUGAUGCUGUCUUAUUAAACUAAAGUUCUUGAGCAACAGAUCAGACCUUUGUAGCUGUGGACAACUAGCUGGAUAGACAGCAUGUCUUGUGUCUUUUGUUAAGACAGACUGCUCUAAGUUAACAGGUACAAGUAGGUGGUAAAAACAGUAAACUGCCAGUAUGGUGCGGUUUAUGGUCCUCACACAGGGCUGAAAGGAAUGGUUUUAAAAUCCUGCAGCAAACGGCCACACAGCUAACCAACAAGUUGAGGCGAGGAAUCUCUUUGUCCUUUUCAUCCUGGUGCCAUUUCUACUUAUCCACGUUAGUUACUCUUGUAGAUGUCAGGCAAAACGGAUGUAUCUGUCACUGUUGUGAAUGCAACGAUGACAUUUUUUGAGUCUUUAUUUCCCCUGAGGGACAUUGAACACUGGUGCCGGCAGACCUGCAGUCUCUCCUCAAGCUUUGGGGCGGUUUCACAGGAUACAGUUUAAAACAAGCUUUUUAAAAUCAAGUCUACCAAACCAUUUCACAUUCAGGGCAAUACACGAUUAUGCUUUUUAACAUGCUUAGCAUUUUAAGCAGACGCUGUACUGUAGUGCUCGAGGAAAUAAGAGCCAAGUCAACAAGUAAAACGCAAAAAAAAUGAAAUUGGAUUAGUGAUCAUUUCUGGCAAAGCAAACAAGUCUAUGAUUGAGCUAAAUAUUUGUUUUGUGUGUAUUUCUUUCAGUUGUAAAAUUCAGACUUUACAGGGCUUAACAGUUGACCUGAUUAACCAUUUUCCACCAAAUAACCCAGGAACUAGACGAACUAAAACGUGAAGGAUCUUCAGACUGAAUGUUUUCUUGAGCAUGUUUGUAUUUGCUUUCCUGCUACACCUCUAAAAUGUUAGAGAUCGGGUAAAUCAGGAAGAGGUGACCCUAAAAGUACGACAAGUUUGAAAUAUUCUUUCAGCUCAUGAUGAGAAUAGUACAACACAGCAAACCUGAAGGAAGUUGAAGCCAUCAUCUUAUUUACUUAUUGUAGCAAGUAUGAUAUUUGCCCAAUAUUGCUUCCUUUGCUGCUGCUGUUUUUCAGUUAACUUUUGUUCAAAAACAGCCAUUGUCUAAAGUCCUCAUGAAGCCUAAGCAGUCAGGGACGAUCAGUACUGCAAGCCCCAGCAGCCCUUCAAUAAGUACUACCUCAUUCGCAGGGAUUUCUUUGGGGUAGGAAGUAUGGCAAAUAAACCAAAAUCAUAACCAGGUUCCUCUAGUAGAAAAAGGAUUCAAAUUCUUCAAAAAGUUCUGAAACUGGGGAAAAGUUCCAGUUUGGGUGAUUAUUUGUUGGAGUAAACUCCAGUUUCUUCCCAUAAGCUUGAGACAGAAACUAAAAGGCUGUGUUGCAUUAUCUCAUUCUGUGAACAUUUUCCCUUACUAUACAAGACUGAACAACAGCAGAAGGCUUCUAAAGGAUCAUUGACAUCUCAACACAUGCUGACUGGCACAAACAGAAAGGGAAAACAGCAGUGUUGCCCCUUCUUUUUUGUCCUUAUGUUCGUGUCCUCAAAUGCAAAACUUCUUCACCAGUAUUUUAAGCAGCCAAGUGGAUCAAAACAGCCUCCAAAUGUUGGUUGGUUACCUGCCAAAGUGGCCGGUAGAGUCCACAGACCUACCAGCCACAGCAAAAAAAAUAACAACAAUGUGCCAGCGUUUGGUUGGCGGUCGCAUCCCAGUACUGUAGGUAGAUGGUGGAACAUGUUCAAUGUUUGAAAGCUUGAGUUUAGACUGUGCUUGAGAAACCGGCCCAAAACCAACAAAUACCAUUCAGGGAUUCAGUACUAUGCUUUUCUAAGUUCUCGCGAGUUAUAUGCAACCAGUGCCGCAAACUACCCUACACUUCUGUAGGAUCAGCUGCAGGAGUGACUUUCAAUACACACACACGAAUAACUUGUAGCAUUUUAAUUUUUUUUUUAAUCCGUGACCUUGCAUAUUGAUAUGUUGUAUUUAUUUUUUAAUUUACAGGCCUAUGGUUUUGGGGAUCAGAGCUCAGGUGCAACUCGGAAAGUUGUAAGAGUUGGCACGAUUUAUGGUGUUGUGGGGGGGGUGUUCGGUUGUAAUUCAGGAAAUACUUUCAUUAAUUCAAAAAGAGAAGAUAUAAACUGUAAUGUGAUUCUUUCUAUUCAGUCUAUGGACAAACAACCGAGAAUGAAUGUUCUUCAGACUCCUGGAUUCUAGUAUUGUGUGUACUUUGAUGGAUAGAGCCCGGCCCUGUAUAACUUUAGAGGGCUUUGCGUUUGGUUGGUUUCGUGUGAUUGUCCCCUGUAGAAACUAGUAAAGCCAACGCACUCGGAGAUCCAUUCAUACACCUCUUGGUUAGUACGGCUGCCGUCUGAAGAAGUGAACCAGUACCUGCUCAAUGAACUGCGGCAAUGUACUAGAAGGCUGACCAUAUGAUCCAUCCAGAAAGAAAAUUUUGUGCAUUAUUUAAUAGUUUAUGUUAAAGCUCCCAAGAAGAACCUUAACAGUCCUGCUGCACCAAAAAAAGUACCAAUAUCUGCUUCCUCAGUCUUUAAGAAGCAUUUGAGUUUAUCCAAAAAUACAUCCCUGGCUCUGUUUGUCUUGUCUGAACUUGUGUCCAGGUGUGAACACAAGUCUCGUCUGCCAUUUUGUCAGACAAUCACAGCUCAAUCUCUUGGCUUCCCCUCAGGUCUCGAGCUAUCUUAGCAAACCUUUUCUGUCUCAACUGUGGUCUAAAUGUAGUCAGAACGUUGUCAUUUGAAGGUGUAUGAAUGGGUUUUCUCAGCAUGCAGGUUUUACGAGUUUCUAUCUCGGCUUCCUCCAGCCCAGCACCUCACAUUGCUGUGCAUAUAAACUACCAGUGAAACAUUUGUCUUGUUGCCCCCGCUAUUUUAAGCAGUCUAGGACUUGUACAGACAUGAGAACAUAAAUACCUGUAUCAACUAUAUACUCUGAGCUGAAUCUUUAUAAGUGCGUGUUGAACUUCAGUGUUUCCUCUACAUUCAUUUAUACUUUUCUUGUGUUUUUACUCAGCAGCAGGGCUUGGUCCUGCUGCAAAGAAAUUGUCCUUCAUUAUGCGAAAUAUAACUUAAGUUGAGCUUUGUGUAAUCUAAGAACUAGAGGUUCAUUGGAGUACCAAGGCACCCAAGAAAGCACUUAAGUUUUCUCUGCAGGAAAUAAAUGACAAACAUUCAGCCCAGGGCGUCCUUCAAGGAGCCUACUACUCCACUGACAUUUACAUUUUAAAGAACCCUGAAGCUCUUUAAGAGCUGUUGCAAUACUCCAUAUGUGAUAAUGCAAUCACCCACUACAGGUAUUUCAUUCCAGCAUCUCGAUGUCCUGCUUUUUGCCACUGUUGGUAAGAACUUUAGAGGAAACAUUGAACUCCAAUGACCUCGACACUGACACUGUCUUGGCAGCAGGAUGAGUCUGGUUGCCAGGCCUGAAAUUUCUACAAAAAAAAAGCAAACACUACAAGCAUUUUUGACCCCAUAUUUCUUGAGGCUCUCGAGUUGCAGCGUUGAUCCAGGAUCUGCCAAUGCAGCUUCUGACGGUAUUGAUGCUCACAGGGUUUCUGGUUUUCAAGGCUGGAAGAAACUCAGAAAUGUGAUCAUUUUUGGUUCAUGAAACUUGAGUGGGUUGUUUAAAAAAAGUCUAAAGUGAUGAAAAUGUCUUGUUUCUUUACUCCUGAUAUGUGUGACUACGCUUUAUGUUUCUGACAAAACAAGAAACUAAGGUCUGGAAUUUCAAACUGGAAAAUGCGUAGGAGGUACAACAAAAGCAUCCCACUAGUUGUUCUUGAACAAGUUUUUACCAGCUCCAGGGGUUCUCACCCUGACCUCUGACCUCCCAGUGAAGGGACACUGGAGGAUUAUAGAAAAGAUAAAUCCCAUUUUAAAGUGUUAUAGCAGGAAAAACCUUCAGAAACCCUGGAGACAUUAUCACAGAGGAGACUAAAUUGAUCCCUGAUCAGCGCUGUGACUCACGGCUAAUGUUGGCCAGCUAUGGUUUUUAUCAGCUGAAGUGAUCCACGUGAUGUAAAUAAAUGUGUUUUUAGAUUGUGAA